AUGUUCGCUAAGAUUUUGGCUGUUUCUGCUUUGGUAGCAUGCGCUCAUGCCGGAGUAAUUGGAGUCGGACACCAUGCCACAUCCUACUCGUCCCUCAGUGGUGCCCCAGUAGCCCACUACUCCGCCGCCCCAGAAGCUGCUCACUACAGCGCCCCAAUCACCGCUUACCACGCCGACCCAGCUUUCGUUAAGACCUUGGCCCCAGUUGCUCAUUAUGCCGCCCCAGUUGCUGCCCACUACGCCACCCCAACUGUCUUCAAGUCUGUAGCUCCAGUAGCUCACUACGCCACCCCAAACGUCAAGGCUGUUCACCAAGAAGUAUACCCAGAUACCCACCCAGAAUACUCUUACCAAUACGGAGUUCAAGACGCUGUAACCGGUAUGUCAAACCGUGUAAGUGCCAUACGGUUCAAGAACCAACACGAAGAACGUGACGGAGAUGUUGUCAAGGGAUACUACACCUUGGUCCAACCUGAUGGUGUCACCCGUACCGUCCACUACACUGCUGAUGCCCAAAACGGUUUCAACGCUGAGUCGAAUACAAGGGAGAACCAAUCGUCCAAAAGGCCGUCGUUGCCAAAGCCAUCAUCCCAACCAAGACCAUCGUAG